GCUGCUUCCACAGACACUAAUGUGCAGAGCACCUCAGUAUACAUGUACAGCAGCUGUUGCACUUCAUUGCAGACUACAGCUGCAGACUGAAACCUGGCAUGUAUGUUUGUAAUUAUAUUUAUGCUUCUUAAAAAUCUGUUCAAAUGGACAGGCAGGUGAGCCUAAGCAGGACGGAAAUGUUCUCUUUCCUCAACCCUUGGAUCCGGUACUUCCUGUUCUUCUUCAGCUUUUUAUUCUGGGUGUUUUCUCUUCUUAUCGUAGCCAUUGGGGUGUAUGCUAAAGCUCAGAAAGCGACAGACACCGUGCGGGACUCGUUCCUAAUUGACCCGGCUGUGAUCCUCAUAGUGGUGGGAGUUGUCAUGUUCUUCAUCACCUUCUGUGGAUGCAUUGGAGCUCUGCGGGAGAACAUCCGCCUUCUUAAGAUUUUCUCGUUUAGUCUGACGCUGGUCUUUCUUACCCAAAUGGCCAUUGCAAUCCUGGGCUUCUUCUACUCUGAGCAGACACGAGAUGCUCUGGGGGAAUUCGUGAAGAAAGCCAUUGUGCAUUAUCGAGACGACCUGGACCUGCAAAACCUGAUGGAUUACAUCCAGAAAGAGUUUAAGUGCUGCGGCUGGACUAACUACACCGACUGGUCCUGGAACCCAUACUUUAACUGCAGCUCGUCAAACCCCAGCAAUGAGAGAUGUUCUGUGCCGUUCUCCUGCUGCACACCUCUGCCUAGAGAGACUGUGAUCAACAGCAUGUGUGGCUUCGGGAUUCAGACGCAGAACCACCUCAAUGCCACCAAAUCCAUUUAUUCGGUGGGCUGUGCAGACAGAGCUGUUAUCUGGAUCGAAUCUCACCUGCUGUUAUUUGGGGCUCUGACUCUGGGUCUCGCUUUACCACAGAUCGCAGGCAUCGUCCUGUCUCAGAUCCUCAUUUCUGAGAUCCGAUCCGUCAUGUAGAGCGGCAGACGAUCACCCGCAGAGCCAGGCAAACUGGUGCUUUCAUUCUGCAGCGACUGCCCCUUCCAUUUCCCUCUGCCUCGGAGCCAGCUCUUAUUUAUUUUCUAUCUCGCUUUCUGCUAUUAGAUUUAAUAAAAAAGAAAAAAGUUUGUUUGUAAAGCAUGUGAGGUUGUUUGUUAUUUCCUCAUUACUAAUUCCCAAAGUCUGGAGGCACACUUGUAAGUUCAUUUUAGUGCACACAGCUUUAAAUAAUCAUGGUUAUUGGUUGCAAGACUGGAAAGGAGAAAACACUGCUCGGACUUGUGUAAUGCAAAAUAGACACUCGCUUUAUUUUUAUCUUGCAAUUUUGCAACCGGAUAAACAGUUAGAUGCUAUUAGAGAUGUGAGUGUUGAGAUCUUCACUGUUAAAAAUAGCUGUUAUUUAACAGUUUUGUGAUUCACAAGUGUAUUCCGUUUAUAUACAGUUGUGCAUUGCAUUAUGGGAUGUUGAUUUCUGCUAUGUCGACUUUUGAUGUUGAAAAUUCAAUGCUACAGUUUAACAAAGUGACUUUUAUUCGCCCUUGUGUAUUACUCCGCACACACUAGGACUAAAGAGGGAACACACUAGGACUUGUUUAGAUUUCAACUAUGCAGGUUAUUUAUAAGGAUAGUACCUAUUUUUAAAUAUUUAUAAUUUUAGAGAUUCAGCGCGUUGGUUGCCAUCAGCCUGUUAUAUUAAGCAGAGCAAAUGUAACCCCGCUAGUCCUAUGCCUCCCUACCCGCUCCGAGCUGGUAACGAACUGGCAACCUACCGCAUGGGAGUCGGUUGCUCUACCAAGGAGGCUAAAGAUCAUGGCCUUUAGGGUCUGUCACUAGAGCAACUUUAGAGGUCAGAGGAGUGAGGUUUACCUGCACAGCACUUACUAGCUGGCCUCCGUUACACUCACCCCCCUGAACCUCACUCUUAUCCGGGUCAUGGCACCAGCAUAACCCCGCUGGACCUACGCCAUCCAACCUGCUCCAAGCUGGUAUCAAACCGUCGACCUUCUGCAUACAGUAGGAGUCAGUUGCUCUACCAAGAGGGCUAAAGACCAUGGCCUCUAGCAACUGUUGCCAGAGCACCUUUAGAGGUCAGAGGAGUGAGGUUUACCUGCACAGCACUUGCUGGCUGGCCUCUGUUACACAAGACGGUUGACAUUUCGCCACAAGAAGGCGACAGAGACCACAUAAUAAGUCCUUAGGGGAGAAAAUUUCAGUGUAAGUUUCAAACUACAGCUGAUCAAAUCAUGAUACAACCCCUUAAGUAACAUUCUAAGUUGACCUCUCGCUUUUGUAUGUUGUAGUGCUGUAUUUGUACCAUAGUUAUCUAGUAGUGUUUGCUUUGGCUUUUUUAGGGUUAAUUAU